UCGAUUCGAAACACGUUUUGAAUUUUUUUUUUCUCUUCACAUGUUUUGUCAUUUAAUUGUUUUCUUUUAAUUGUUGUUAAUUUAUUGAUUCUUUGAAAUUAUGGUUCGAACAAAGUUUGAGGAGGUUCAAGAGACCAAGGAACAGUUGUUGAUUCCUACUGAUAAAAAAUGGUGGAGUUUAAGGCCCGAUUUUUCUGCGAAUAAAAAUAGUACCGCCGUUAUUUCGGAUGUUGGUAAAUUGCGAGAAGAAGCUGAAUAUUUAAUGAGAAUUGAGCGAAAAAAAUAUGUCGCUUAUAAACAAGCCACAGAUAAAUCUGACUUUAAUUGGAUCAAUUCGGUUCUCACUGGUGGUACCUUUGCCGAUAGAUUGUCAGCCAAUACUUUGUUGAUUCAAGAUUCACCGGUUCAUAAUUUAUUCUCUUUGCAUAAGUUGAUUGAUAUUGUUAAUUCUAAAGGAAUUAGGGAAUGUUUAAUGGCCUCAGAUAAUUUAAAGGAUCUUUUUAUCGGUAAUCUGUUGUUGAAAGAUAAAAAGAUGAAACCGUUUAAAGAAUUAAUCGCUUAUUUGCCACCCAAAGAUGGUCCACUUAGGAAUAAAUUGCUGAUUCUUUUCUACUUUGAAGAUCAAUUGUUGACUGAAUAUAAACGAUUCCUUGAUAUUUUGGCCAAAAUUUCAAUAGAUGGAAAUGAUUCCGUUAAAAGUAAAGCAGUUAACGUUAUGUGGGAAUUACUCUGUCAAAGACCUGAACAGGAAUCAUUCAUAUUAGAGAAAUUGGUUAAUAAACUUGGAGAUCCAGUUCCUAAAAGAGCUGCUCAUGUAGCUAAAUUACUUGGGAAAUUAGUUAAUCAACAUCAUCCGAAAAUGAAAGAGACCGUUGUUAAAGAGGUUGAAUUGUUAUUAUUCCGUCAACAUAUUCCAGAAUUGGCUCAAUUUUAUGGACUUUGUUUUCUAAGUCAAAUUUUAUUAGAGCCCAGGGACAAAGAAUUAGCCAGUCGAAUGGUGAACAUUUAUUUCAAUUUUUUCGACUCAGCAACAAAAAAGACAAACAAAGAUGUUAAAAAUAGAAUGAUGAAUGUUUUAAUUACUGGACUUACAAGAGCAUCUCCUUAUGCGACAAUGGAAGCGGAAAUAUUGGAGAAACGUUUAGAAUCUUUUUACAAAGUAAUUCAUUUAGUUAAUCAGAAUACUGCUGUUCAAGGGAUGGUGUUAAUCUUUAAUUUAAUGGAAACCAAAGAGUCCGGACUAAUUAGUGAUCGACUAUACACUUUACUCUAUCGAAGUCUACUCGAGAUUAACAUGGAAACUUGUACGAGGCGAGCUCUUUAUCUCAACUUAUUGUUCAAAGCAAUGAAAAGAGAUUCGAUUCCUCACCGAGUUAAAGCAUUUCUCAAGCGACUUUUACAGAUUGCUCUUUACCAACCACCUUCAAUCGUUUGUGCGAUUAUGGUUUUAUUGUCUUCGUUGGUGAAGUCCAAGCCUGAAUUAUUGUCGACAUUUAAACCUGCACGAGUCGCAACCAUUUGUGAUGAGCAAGAUGAAGAUGAAAAAUAUGAGGAUAUUGAAUUAGAUGAAGAAGAGGAAGAGAAAAUUUUGAAAAAACAAAAAGGUAAACAGAAUAGUAAAGUUAAAAAAGGAAAAGAUUCAAAGAAAAAUUCUACCAAGGAAAAGGAGGUUAAAAAAAUGACCAAAGAGGAUGAUGAGGCCAAAAAAGCGUCAACUUCUUGGGUUCAUAAUGCAAAUUUGAAGAAAGAUCAAGAAUCUUCUGGUGAUUAUGAUUUAAUGGCAAGAAAUCCGUUGUUUGCAAAUACCAAGUUCUCCGUUAAUUGGGAAUUGACUUUAUUGCGACAUCAUUUCCAUCCUUCAGCUAAUAUGUUUGCCCAGAAAACGAUUGAUGGUGAAAGUAUCGAUUAUGAUGGUGAUCCUUUGCAAGAUUUUACAUUAAAACGUUUCAUCGAUCGAUUUGUUUUCCGUAAUCCAAAGAAAAUAAAUCGACAACAAGCCGCUCAAUCAUCUAAAAGUACAUUGUUCGCCCGAUUAAACAACAGCGUGGUAACACCGAUCCAAGAACUGUCAAAAUCAAACAAAACAAGUGUACCAUUGGAGGAACAAUUUAUUUACGAUUAUUUGGUUCAAAAGAAUAAAGAAAUCGAAGAUCGAGAGAAAGAUGAUGACAAUGAAAGUGUUGCAAGUGAGGAUUUCGAGCGACUUUUACGAAAAAUCGAACCGAACCUGGAUAAUGAUGACGAUUUCAUGAAGGUGAAAAAGGAUAAACGUAAAGGAGGUGAUGAUGAAAGUGGAACUGAUGAUUCAGAUGAUGACAUGUUCAGCGAUGAUGAUUUCGAUAUCGAUUCGGAUGAUGAUUAUUAUCGUGAAGCUUUCGAUGGUGUUGAUGAAGAUCUUGCUAAUGCUCAAUAUGAUGAUAAAACAACUUUCCUAUCAGAUGAUGAUGUUGAAGAGGUUGAUAGUGAUUUAGAAAUUGGUGAAAGUGAUGAAGAGGACAUGGAAACAUCAAGAUUUAAACGAAGAGGUCGAGAUAAAAAUCUUGUCAAUCUAUUUGCUGCUGCGGAUAAAUUUUCACACCUUUUAGAAGGUAAAGAAUCAGAUGAUGAAAAGAAAAAUGGUUCCGAUGAUGAAGAUGAUAAUGGAAAUAAUAGAAAACGAGGAAAACGUAAACCACCAAGUAAAAGGAGCAACAAUCAAAAAGGAAAAAUGAAUCGGCAAAAGAGACGACGAUAGAAUCAUCAUCAUCGCAUCACAAUAAAUUUAAUUCUAAGUUUUGUUUCUUUUUCUAAAAUCCACGUGUAAAUUUAUUAUUUGUUAAUACACUUGAGUAAAGAAAACACCACAAUUAA